CGCCAAAACAAGAAAGCCGACCUAAACUAACAAAUUCAAUUCCAAACCUCUCAUUUUUGGCCUGAAAUGCUAUAUCAAAAAUUAAAAAUACAUCCUCUCAAUACUUUUGAUUGUGCGAAUACAAAGGAAAGAAGGAAAGAAAGAAGAUAGCAAUGGCGAUACCAGAUACAACCACCACCCCCUCUGCGGCUGAACAUGAGACUUCGCACCAGAUCUUGUCGGCAACAUAUUCUUCUCCGAACAACGAAACGUUUGAGCACGUCCAUAAGCUACCCACGCUUACACCAGACAAAGUGAGCGAUAGGACCUCAUAUUUAGGGGCAUUGCGAAAAGCUACAGUGGAUAUGCAAGAGAGGAUCAAUAAGGAGUUGACUGCACGAAUGGAGGAAGAUAAAGUACGAGAGACUGGAAAUGCAAAUGGAUCAAAGGUCGAUGGUGGGGUAAUUGAUGAAGCCAAGGAAGAAGAUAAUUAUGGUGAAGAGGUUGUGGAAGAGGAUGAUUGAAUUAUUUCAUGAUUAUAAUGCUCGAUGCUACAUUGCCAAUCCC